UGCGGGGCAGCAGUAGCAGUUGUUUGCCCAUCCGGCGCUUGUGGCGGAUAAACUAAAGGCAACGAUACGUUGCGCUUGUGCUUUCACCGUCCCCGGCGAGUCGUGUUGUGUCAAUACGGAGUCAAACCCGCUCCGUGUCGGUGUGUCCAAAUUUGACGUUACUUCAGCUGAUCUGGACAACAAAAAAAAAGCAAGUGUACACUUAGCUUAGACAGCUAGCAGACGUCUGUGACUCGUUCAGUGAGACUUCGGCGCGGCAAAUGGGGGCUGCGGUGCGUUCCCGAGAGGGAGGAGAAAAGAAAGUAGAAGAAAAAUAUGAUUGAUUUGUUUCCACGUAUAAAGAAGAAGGAUACAUGUAUGUAUUUAUAUUUAUCUCUAACCUCACAGCUGAUUGGUUGCAGUUCUAUAGUACUGCACUACCGCUGUGAGUUACGUGAAGUCUAUACCACUGAGGUGAAUAUACAGGUGGUUCGUGCAAGUUGACAACUUCUAGUUUUACGUUUCCGUCUCAAUUAAACAUUGUAAUGAUGUCAGCUGUUUUCUGUGAUUUCUCCACUGAUGUGCUGGGAGUUUCCAGGAAAAGUGUACAACUUGACAGAUAACGUGCAUUUGUUUUGUGUCUAAUCAUAGGACACGUUUUCGUAUUACCCCAUCGACUACUUAGCUGUCGUUAUAUUCGACCAAGACUUUUAUCACAAAAACCUCCAUAACAAAUUGCGCGUUACGAGAUAAUGUUUGCAGUGUUACCGACUUUGUUUUGUAACAUUCCCAAGUGACACAAAACACGGGGAUGACUUAUCUUUUAUCUACCUUUUGUUACACCCUGUAAAUAAACCUGUGUCAAAAACCGUUGUGACCCGUAUCCAAUUUUGGAUAUCGUGCGUGUAAUGAAACAUGUUGCCUGCCUAUCAACAUGUCUACCGUAAUCACAUUCCUUAUUUUCUAUAAGGAUAUCAUACAUGUUUGUUGAUAAUGGAACACCAGGAAGGUAGGAAGCAUCGUAGCUGCAGUGUAUGGAGUGCUUUUUUGCCCAGGCCCUAACGCGAGUUUAAAUUUCAGCAGUGCUCAGUAUGACAGCAGAAAUGACCAAGGAACAAGACACGAGUUUUCUUCCUUCGAAGAAUCUUACCAUGCCUGUGAUCAGGAGGAGCAGGUCUUUAAGUGAGUUACCGGGCAGUAUCCGGAUUCCGAUUCUCAGGCGGACCGACUCGGACAGGAUGCGCGCCAGACUGGAGGCCAGCAUGCAGGGGCUGGAUGAACUGAAGCUUCUCAAGGAACAGCAGAGAAAGAUCAUAGAUGAUGCCAUGACGUCAUCGCUUCAGAGAACGGGACGGUCCAACACUCAGCAGAAUCUGCAGAGACGAAUGUCCGUAUCGUCUUUAAGAUCCUCAUCUACCAGUCUGGCGAAAAUCUGCGAGGAGGUCAGCGAAAACGAGAACGGCGGCAGCGUAAUCGGCAACAGCAACAACAACCGAGGCAGCUGCAUCAGCAACAACAGUAGCUGGACGUCUCAGAGGCGUCACUCGUUUGCGCAGUCGCAGAAUUCACGGAGCAGACGACCUCUGAGUCUAGCCGACUCGGAUCUCCUGGAACAGGAGCUGUAUAAUGAGGACGAGAGACUCAAGAAGCACCAUUCGUGGACCUCUCUGAUGCACAGCUUCUACGGCUCCCAGCCUCAGGCCUUAGAGUCUACCCGAUCAACGGAGUGUCUGAGGCGAUCCAGAUCUGAUGACAUCCCUGUCCACAACCCGAGCGGGAAGCUUGGGAGGAGUCAGUCCUUUUCUGUCGCCAGCGACAACUCAAGUCUUCACUUUCAGUUUCCGAGAGAAGCAAAGAGUUACAAUAGUGAAAAUAUCGAACCGAAGCUGCGACGUGCUAGCAUCCAGUGUGAGGCGGUGUUGUCUGGUGCCAGUGUAGACAGCAAACAGCGUGGACUCUUUAAGGACGUAGAUCUGAACAGUCUAAGAGGAAACUUUCCAAACCCAUUACGAGCUGUCUUAAUGCAGUAUGGAAACAGCCAACCACCAAGGGAGGUCCAGAAGAGAAACACCUCUGAUCAAAGAGAAGCCGAUUCACAAUCCAGUGCUAAAGUGCCCAAUUCGAAAAAGUCGGAAAGUAACCCCGUGUAUGACAAGUAUAAACAGCUGAAUGGAACUCAUUGUGAUAACAUACAAAAUUCAACAGGUGACCGUCCCAAAAAUAACAAAAAUUAUGAUGCUAGGAAUAACACUAACAAGGAAUCCCGUAGCACCCAUAAUCACAGAGGUUCUUCGGAAACCAUAGGAGGGUCAUCCCGAGCAUCCUUAUCGAACAAGGACUUAUCCUCAAAAACGCUUAUUUCUGAGAACAAGGACUUAUCCUCAAAAACGCUUAUUUCUGACCACCGCGACAGGAAUAUGAACAAUAUAGGUCGAAGACUUAGUGUGCCUGCUACUAUAACACGUUGUGACGCAAUAAACAAUAAUACCCGUUUAAACCCUACUGCGUCGAGUGAUUCCAUAAACAUCUCAGAAACUAGACCAAGUCUUUCACUGGAUAAUGUCUCGAGUAUAACGAAAACGGAUGGCAGUCGGGCUCGACUGCUACUGCUACAGACAAUGCUGUCCAUGUCAGCGGCUCAUCCGAGUCCGAACAUUCACGGAACAACAACGACAACAACAACGUCUGUUCCGCUGCAGUGACCGACUGCAACCACGCUGUGAACAAGGGACAAGGAUGUCUCAAUGCUACGCCUGUUUGCUCCACGAGUUACAGAUUUGUAAAACUGAUCGAAAGCAUCCCCGUACAAAGUCCCGCCUCCCCACCACUAACCGUUUCGGUGAUUUCAAAACGUAAACCGGAAGACGAUACAAAUCUUGACAUUUCGUCUUACAGUGACAUUGGAUCGAGUUCUACAGAUCACAACAUUUCCAUUUCUAGCUCAAACGACAACGCGUCAUGCAACCGGAAAAUGUUGAGCAUUGCGUCAGAUGAAGGUUACGUCACUUCUCCUCCCAGUUCUCCCAGGGGACAUAACCGACACGGAAACAGCAUAGUUUCAAACGGAAGUUGGAUAUCCGCCGACUUAGAUGAGACGUCCGGUUUUGAAUCGAUCUCUACUGCAAUUUGUGAGAACACGGAAAGCACGGGGGACAACAUAAACUUUUCCUCGGUGCCAGAACCAAUUGUUUGUAGCACACCGAAAGUUGUAUCAUCACAAAUUGAUCCUGAAAAUCUGGAAAACAAAUCGAAACUUCCAACAAUCGACGCCCAUGAUAUAUCUAAAACCAGACCUUUUCGGCAAACGGCGGUGUGAUUGGGACCCACUAGUUUGACUUUCGGUAAAUAAUUUGUGUUAUGCAUGGGUGAAAACUUUUCAUUUGGAUGCAGAGAACCUGUAAGAAUUAAAAUGUUCUACAAUUCUGUGAAUAUAGAAGUAUUGUUAGUGACAUUUGUGAUAAAUAAUUUGUUUUG